AAAGCCACGGGGCCCGGGCUGGGCUGGAGCUCCCGCCUCUCCGGGAUAGACGCACAGACCGCUGGAGCUGGACGUACAGACCCAACCUCACCCGACCCGACCGGCCGGGCAGGCGGGUGGUGAGCACAGGCAGUUGGCGGGGAACCUCACAGCUCCUGAGCAGCAGCAGGACAAAAAAGCUGGCGACUGACAGAGGCAGCUCAGGACGGACUUUCUGGCUACUGACCAUUUUGCUGUGCCUCACCCGGAUUCCGUGCAGCCUCAGGAUCAACCAUGAGCUCUGUGGCAGUUUUGACCCAAGAAAGCUUUGCCGAACAUCGAAGUGGGCUGGUUCCACAGCAGAUCAGAGUUGCCACUCUGAACUCAGAAGAGGAGAGCGACCCUCCUACCUACAAGGAUGCCUUCCCCCCGCUCCCUGAGAAAGCUGCCUGCCUGGAGAAUGCCCAGGAGCCGGCUGGGGCCUGGGGCAACAAGAUCCGGCCCAUCAAGGCUUCCGUCAUCACACAGGUGUUUCACGUGCCCCUGGAGGAAAGGAAAUACAAGGACAUGAACCAGUUUGGAGAAGGGGAACAAGCCAAGAUCUGCCUGGAGAUCAUGCAGAGGACGGGCGCUCACCUGGAACUGUCACUGGCCAAGGACCAGGGUCUUUCCAUCAUGGUCUCAGGGAAGCUGGACGCUGUCAUGAAGGCCCGCAAGGACAUCGUGGCUCGGCUGCAGACCCAGGCUUCGGCCACAGUUGCCAUUCCCAAGGAACACCAUCGCUUUGUCAUUGGCAAAAAUGGAGAGAAACUGCAAGACUUGGAGCUGAAAACUGCAACCAAAAUCCAGAUACCACGCCCAGAUGAUACCAGUAACCAGAUCCGGAUCACCGGCACCAAGGAGGGCAUUGACAAGGCUCGCCACGAAGUCCUGCUCAUCUCUGCUGAGCAGGACAAACGUGCAGUGGAGAGGCUGGAGGUGGAGAAGGCCUUCCACCCCUUCAUCGCGGGGCCGUACAACCGCCUCGUGGGUGAGAUCAUGCAGGAGACAGGCACACGCAUCAACAUCCCCCCACCAGGCGUCAACCGCACUGAAAUCGUCUUCACAGGCGAGAAGGAGCAGUUGGCUCAGGCUGUGGCUCGCAUCAAGAAGAUUUAUGAAGAGAAGAAAAAGAAAACCACGACCAUCGCAGUAGAGGUGAAGAAAUCACAGCACAAGUAUGUUAUCGGACCCAAAGGCAAUUCCCUGCAGGAGAUCCUGGAGAGGACGGGCGUGUCAGUGGAGAUCCCACCCUCAGACAGCGCCUCGGAGACUGUCAUUCUCCGGGGUGAGCCUGAGAAGCUAGGGCAGGCACUAACAGAAGUCUAUGCCAAGGCCAACAGCUUCACUGUCUCCUGCAUCUCUGCCCCUGCCUGGCUUCACCGCUUUAUCAUCGGCAAGAAAGGGCAGAACCUGGCCAAAAUCACACAGCAGAUGCCAAAGGUUCACAUCGAGUUCACGGAGGGUGAGGACAAGAUCACGCUGGAAGGCCCCACCGAGGAUGUGAAUGUGGCCCAGGAGCAGAUCGAAGCGAUGGUCAAAGAUCUGAUCAAUCGGAUGGACUACGUGGAGAUCAACAUCGACCACAAGUUCCACAGACACCUCAUUGGCAAGAGCGGAGCCAACAUCAACAGAAUCAAAGACCAGUACAAGGUGUCUGUGCGCAUCCCCCCUGACAGCGAGAAGAGCAGCCUGGUGCGCAUCGAGGGCGACCCCCAGGGUGUGCAGCAGGCCAAGCGGGAGCUGCUGGAGCUGGCCUCGCGCAUGGAGAAUGAGCGCACCAAGGAUCUAAUCAUUGAACAGAGAUUUCAUCGCACAAUCAUUGGGCAGAAGGGUGAACGGAUUCGUGAGAUUCGUGACAAAUUCCCAGAGGUCAUGAUCAACUUUCCAGACCCAGCACAGAAAAGUGACAUUGUCCAGCUCAGGGGGCCGAAGAACGAGGUGGAAAAGUGCACAAAGUACAUGCAGAAGAUGGUGGCGGACCUGGUAGAGAACAGCUAUUCCAUCUCCGUUCCCAUCUUCAAGCAGUUCCACAAGAAUAUUAUUGGGAAGGGAGGCGCAAACAUUAAAAAGAUCCGCGAAGAGAGUAACACCAAAAUCGACCUUCCAGCUGAGAACAGCAACUCUGAGACCAUUGUCAUCACUGGCAAGAGGGCCAAUUGCGAGGCUGCCCGGAGCCGCAUCCUGUCCAUCCAAAAAGACUUGGCCAACAUCGCUGAACUGGAGGUGUCCAUUCCCGCACGGCUGCACAACUCUCUCAUUGGCACCAAGGGCCGCCUCAUCCGUUCCAUCAUGGAAGAGUGUGGCGGAGUACACAUCCACUUCCCUGUGGAGGGCUCCGGUAGUGACACGGUCGUCAUCAGGGGCCCCGCAUCUGACGUGGAGAAGGCCAAGAGGCAGCUGCUACACCUGGCGGAAGAGAAGCAAACCAAGAGCUUCACCGUCGACAUCCGGGCCAAGCCAGAGUACCACAAGUUCCUCAUCGGCAAGGGUGGCGGCAAGAUCCGCAAAGUGCGGGAUAGCACAGGCGCCCGCAUCAUCUUCCCUACGGCCGAGGACAAGGACCAGGACCUCAUCACCAUCGUGGGCAAGGAGGAAGCUGUCCGGGAGGCCCAGAAGGAGCUAGAGGCGCUGAUCCAGAACCUGGACAAUGUGGUAGAGGACUCCAUGCUGGUGGACCCCAAGCACCACCGCCACUUCGUCAUCCGGAGAGGCCAGGUGCUCCGGGAGAUCGCGGACGAGUACGGUGGGGUGAUGGUGAGCUUCCCACGCUCAGGCACCCAGAGCGACAAGGUCACCCUCAAGGGCGCCAAGGAUUGUGUGGAAGCGGCCAAGAAGCGCAUCCAGGAGAUCAUCGAGGACCUGGAAGCCCAGGUGACCUUGGAGUGUGCCAUUCCCCAGAGGUUCCACCGCUCUGUCAUGGGCCCCAAAGGGUGCAGAAUCCAGCAGAUCACACGGGACUAUAAUGUGCAGAUUAAGUUCCCAGACAGAGAGGAAAACCCAGUGCCCAGCAUGGAGCCAGCCAUCCAGGAGAACGGUGAUGAUACCGGGGGUGGACGAGAAGCCAGAGAGGCCGAGCCUGGCUCUCCCCGGCGCUGUGACGUCAUCCUCAUCUCCGGGCGCAAAGAAAAGUGUGAGGCUGCCAAGGAAGCUCUUGAGGCGCUGGUUCCUGUCACCAUCGAAGUGGAGGUACCCUUUGACCUCCACCGGUACAUCAUUGGGCAGAAGGGCAGCGGGAUCCGGAAGAUGAUGGACGAGUUUGAGGUGAACAUCCACGUGCCAGCACCUGAGCUACAGUCGGACAGUGUUGCCAUCACUGGCCUCGCCGCCCAUUUGGACCGGGCCAAGGCGGGGCUGCUGGAGCGCGUGAAGGAGCUGCAGGCUGAGCAGGAAGACCGGGCUCUGAGGAGUUUCAAGCUGAGUGUCACUGUAGACCCCAAGUACCACCCCAAGAUCAUAGGCCGGAAGGGGGCAGUGAUCACACAAAUUCGCCUGGAGCAUGAUGUGAACAUCCAGUUUCCUGACAAGGACGAUGGGAGCCAGCCCCAGGACCAGAUCACCAUCACAGGCUAUGAGAAGAACACAGAGGCUGCCCGAGAAGCCAUCCUGAAGAUUGUGGGUGAGCUCGAGCAGAUGGUCUCUGAGGACGUGCAGCUGGACCACCGUGUUCAUGCCCGCAUCAUCGGGGCACGUGGCAAGGCCAUCCGCAAGAUCAUGGAUGAGUUCAAGGUGGACAUCCGCUUCCCCCAGAGUGGUGCCCCGGACCCCAAUUGCGUCACCGUGACGGGGCUCCCAGAAAACGUGGAGGAGGCCAUUGACCACAUCCUCAACCUGGAGGAGGAAUAUCUGGCAGAUGUGGUGGACAGUGAGGCUCUGCAGGUGUACCUGAAGCCCCCGGCUCACGAGGAGUCCAAGGCACCCUCCAAGGGCUUUGUGGUGCGAGACGCCCCCUGGACCGCCAGCAACAGCGAGAAGGCUCCGGACAUGAGCAGCUCAGAGGAAUUCCCCAGCUUUGGGGCUCAGGUGGCUCCCAAGACCCUGCCCUGGGGCCCCAAGCGAUAAUGAUUAGAAUGUGGACCUCUCAGCCUGCUGACCCAGCCCCACACCACAGCGGCCGUCGCAGCGAUCCAACCCAGCGGCUGCCCCCCGAAAAUUGUUGAAGCCCCUCCCCGAGGUCUCACAGUGACGCCACCUGGCUCAGGGCUGGCACUGGCUGUGAACACUAAUGGGCCCGGCCAUGCCACCAUGCACACGCCCUCUCGGUCCACCCAGCAUGUCUGCCAGGCCUGCCUCCAUACCACACGGGGGCGCCGCAGCUGUGGUCCAGUCCACUUCCUGUGUCAUGACCUCAGGAAAUAAAUUUCCUUGACUUUAUGAAAAGCCAAAA